AUGAGCUCCCCGUGCCCUCCUGACGCCGACAUCGCCGCCUGGCUGGCUGCCGUGCACUUGGAGCGGUACCGGGAUGUCUUCAGGCAGCACGGGUACCAGCUGGCCAGAGAUGCCACCGGGCUGGACGGGCACCACCUGCAGCAGAUGGGCAUCACUGCCACUGGGCACCGCAAAAGGAUCCUGAACCUGGUGCAGCAGACACGGAUGCUGAGCCCAGCCCAGGGGAACCUCGCAGCGGGAAACGUCCCUCCCCGAGGCACCGAGGCCCUGGAUGCCCCCCAGGUGGGCGAGGAUGCCACGAAAGCAGGACCAGGAGGGGAGGCUGACAGCGUGGCAGCACAGCAGCCUGGCACCACGCCUGCCCAGGCAUCACCUCUAGAGAAGGACCCUGCUCCUCCCCUGGUGAAGCCGGUUCCCAAGCCCAGGACUGUUUUCCCCCGCUCCAAGGCAGAGCAGGGCUUGGUGCCCUCACCCCCCCCUUGCACAACAGUGCCAGCCCACGGCCUGGGCACUGAGGGGGCACCUGCAGCCUUUGUGGUACUGGAGGGCUUUGUGCCAGGGGAGAGCUCCACGGAUUUGGAGAGCCCUGAGGCAGGAGAAACCGUGGCCAUGGGCAUGGGAGCGUCCUGGCUGCGAGAGAGAGCCCGGGAGAAGACAGGGCUCCCCCCAGCUCCUGAUCAUGGACAGAUCCCGAAGACGUGGGAGAAACCCCCCCCAUCCAUCCCGUCUGUCCCACCUCGGCACAGCCAGAGGGUCCCGGCAGCCGAGCCCAGCCCUGGGAGUGUGCCCGAGGGCCCAGGGCAGGGCAGGCUGGAGAUGGUGUCCAACGUCAUCUACGAAGGACUCAAGUCCCCAUCAGCACCCACCGAGGGCUUGGGAAGGGAGGAUGGUCCCCAGGGUCUGUCCCUUCAGGAGCUGACCCAGCUGGACAACACAACUGACAGCCCCAGCUGGCCCAGUGGGGCCCUGCCCCCCAUCCCACGGAGACCCACCAGCAAGCCAGAGGCCAGCGAGCCCAUCAGCCCCUACUGUGAGACCCUCUUUGGACGUGUGGCCCCGUCCCAGGAGCAGAAGGCUGUUGGCAUCUCCUCUGAUCAGAGCUACGAGGCAGUGUCUGAGCUGGACCUGGAGCGAGAAGCUCCCUCAGCCCCCGUUGUUCCCGGCAGGACCAGCCAGGAGGAGCAGGACCCGCGUUCCCGCCUCGCCCGGACCGACGCCGAGGGCUACUCCACCGUGGAGGCCCCGUUCAGCCUGCCCUCCCACCUCUACCCCGACGAGGUGCUGGAGGACCUCACCAUCUCCCCGUACGCCAGUUUCACCUCGCUGGCCGAGCCCCGGCCCCCCGUGCUGAGCGGCUGGCUGGACAAGCUGUCCCCGCAGGGGAACUAUGUCUUCCAGAGGCGCUACGUCCGUUUUGAUGGAAAGAACCUGAUGUACUUCAGCAGUGAGAAGGAGCCCUACCCCAAGGGGGUGAUCCCACUGUCUGUGAUCGAGAUGGUUCGUUCAACCAAGGAGAACAAGUUCCAGGUCUUCACCAGCCAUCGGAUCUUUGUCUUCCGUGCCGAGAACGAGGCCCAGAGGAACGAGUGGUGCUCCACACUGCAGAAGAAGGUGACAGAACAGCACCUGGCUGGGACCCAGCCCCGCCCCACCAACACUGCUCACUGCCAGAAGUCAGGAACCCUGGAGCUGAAGGGCCAGAAGUCCAAGGUGUUUGCAGCCCUGAGCCUGCCCGAGAUGUGGCUGUACAAGAGCGAGCAGUUCUUCAAAAUGGGCAUCGGCAUCUGCGUGAUCGAGAUGCGCGGCUCCACCAUCCGCGAAGCCAAGAGCCGCGGCUUCGAGCUCAUCACCCCCUUCAAAAUAUUCAGCUUCGUGGCGGAGUCGGAGCGGGAGAAGCGGGAGUGGAUGCAGGCGCUGCAGGAGGCCAUAGCUGAGAUGCUCUAUGACUACGAGGUGGCUGAGAAGAUCUGGUCCAACAAAGCCAACAAAUACUGUGCAGAUUGUUGGGCUCCCAGUCCUGACUGGGCAUCCAUCAACUUGUGCGUGGUCAUCUGCAAGCAGUGUGCAGGCAAGUACAUGGGUGCUGGCUGGGCUAUGGGUGUGACUUGGGUGCCGGUUCCCCUGGCAGAUCAAGGGGUGCUCACUCUGCUGCUCCCCACAGGGCAGCACCGCAGCCUGGGCUCCAAUAUUUCCAAGGUCCAAAGCCUGAAGCUUGACACCAGCAUCUGGUCCAACGAAAUGGUCCAGCUCUUCAUCGUGCUGGGAAAUAACCGGGCCAACCGGUUCUGGGCCGCCCGGCUCCCCCCGGCCGAGGCGCUGGGGCCGGACGCGGGCGCCGAGCGGCGCCAGGAGUUCAUCUCCCGCAAGUACCGUGAGGGCAGGUACCGCCUGCCCCAUCCCCACCACCCCACGCAGGAGGACGUGCUCCAGGCGCUGUGUGCUGCUGUGGCAGGACCAGCCCUCCUCAAGACCAUCCUGCAGUUCUUCUCGUCCUCGGAGGCAGCUGAGUCUGCCACCUGUGAGGUGGCCCCGGGGUCUGAGCUUUGGUGGGGCCCAGAGAGCAAAAGGCCCAGAAACCAUUCAGGGCCUCCCCCACCUCGGGAACCAGGUCCAGAAGGUGUCUACAACGAGAUCACGCAGCCAGUGACCCACAGCGGGUACCUGUACCGGGCCACAGCCCCCUACAAGCUCCCAGGUGCCAAGAAGAGCAAAGAGGGUGAGCGUGGGGGGCAUGGGGGGCAGCCAGUGGGGUGCCCACCCCAUGUUGCUGACCCCCUUGGCCCCACAGACUUCCAGCGCACCUGGUGCUCCCUGGAGAGGGCCCUGCUCUUCUUCGAGACAGAGAAAUGCCCCGAGCCCUUGGGCCACAUCGAGAGUGGGGACCUCAUCUCCCUGGGUGUGAGCAGAGCCCAGGUGCUCACCAGCCCUGGCCCCACCGAAAGGUUUCGUUUCACCCUCGAGCUCUUCCUCACUGGGGAAAAAGUGCAGCAGCUGGGAACUGACGGGGCAGAGACACUGCAGGGCUGGGCCAGCGCCAUCGGCAAGUGGUUCACCCCCGUGAGCUGUCACUGCCUGCUGGGCUACGAGUUCCAGCGCGUGGGCCAGCUGCGCUACAAGUGCAUGCUGAACCCCGAGCGGUGGCAGCAGGCCUUCUUCAUCCUGCAGAAAGCCCACCUCUUCAUCUGCCCUGCUGAGGAUGGUGGGGCUGAGGACAGCAUCAACCUCCGGCGGCUGCAGGAGCUCAGUCUGGUUCCCCCCACGGAGACGCCAGAGAAGAAGGAGCUGCUGGUGCUGGUGGAGAUGGGGAGGACGUUCUACCUGCAGGGUCUGUCGCGGGCGGACGCAGCAGCCUGGUACAGUGACAUCCAGGCGUCUGCCGGGGGGCGAGGGAACGCGCUGCGGGACCAGCAGCUGAGCCGUGGGGACAUCCCCAUCAUCGUGGACAGCUGCAUUGCCUUCAUCACCCAGUAUGGGCUCCGGCACGAGGGGAUUUACCGUAAGAACGGAGCCAAGUCACGGAUCAAGGUGCUGAUGGAGGAAUUCCGGCGGGACGCCCGCAACGUCAAGCUGCGCAUCAAUGACAACUUCAUCGAGGAUGUCACUGAUGUGCUGAAGAGGUUCUUCCGAGAGCUGGAAGACCCUGUCUUCACCCUGGAGCUGCACCCGCAGUGGAAGGAGGCUGCAGAAAUCUCAUCGAAGCCCCAGCGCCUGGAGAGGUACAAGGAGCUGAUCCAUCGCCUGCCCCGCCUCAACCGCAAGACCCUGGCCGCGCUCAUUGGGCACCUCUACCGCGUGCAGAAAUGUGCCGACCUCAACCAGAUGAGCACCAAGAACCUGUCGCUGCUCUUCGCACCCAGCCUCUUCCAGACCGACGGCAAAGGGGAGCACGAGGUCAAGGUGAUGGAGGACCUCAUUGACAACUACGUCAGCAUCUUCAAUAUUGAUGAGGACCAGGUAUCCCAGAUGGAUCUGGAGAACAGUCUGAUCACCACCUGGAAGGACACCCAGCUCUCGCAGGCAGGGGACCUCAUCAUCGAGGUCUACCUGGAGCAGAAGCUGCCUGACUGCUGUGUCACCCUGAAGGUGUCCCCCACAAUGACAGCAGAGGAGCUCACCAACCAGGUGCUGGAGAUGCGGAACGUGGCAGCCAGCCUGGACAUCUGGCUGACCUUCGAGGCCCUGGAGAACGGGGAGCUGGAGCGGCCCCUGCACCCCAAGGAGAAGGUGCUGGAGCAGGCUCUGCAGUGGUGCAAGCUCCCAGAGCCCAGCUCUGCCUACCUGCUGGUGAGGAAGGUCCCCCUUGGUGAGGGCAGCUGUCUCUUCACCGGUGCCAAGAGGGAGACCCCCAAGUGUGGGCUGCUGAAGUGCCGUGAGGAGCCCCCCAAGCUGCUGGGGAACAAGUUUCAGGAGCGUUACUUUGUCAUCAGGGACCGGAGGCUGCUGCUGCUCAAGGAGAAGAGGAGCGUCAAGCCAGAGCGUGAGUGGCCCCUGGACGCUGCCAAGGUUUACAUGGGCAUUAGGAAGAAGCUGAAGCCACCAGCCCAGUGGGGUUUCACCUUGACCCUGGACAAGCAGCAGCUGUACCUGGUGUGCUCAGGGCAGGCUGAGCUGUGGGACUGGACCACCAGCAUCCUCAAGGCUCAGCACGAUGACCUGCGCCCCGUCAUCCUGCGCCGCCGCUCCUCCUCCGACCUGGCCAAGCAGAAGUUUGGCACCAUGCCCCUGGUGCCCCUGCACGGGGACAGCACCGAUGCCACCAUGCUCUCCGCCAACCAGACCCUGCGCCGCCUGCACACGCGAAGGACUUUGUCCAUGUUCUUUCCCAUGAAGAUGCACCAGGACUCCCUGGAGGAGCAGCAGGAGAAGGAGGCAGAUGCAGAUCCUGUCUAUGAGGAGGUGGGCAACUUCCCCGAGCUGGCGGCGCUGGAGCUGGGGCAGGGGCUGCUGUCAGACCUGUCAGCUGUGCCCCCCGUGGACAGAUCCAAGAAGCCAGCCCUGUCCCCUGAGCACCCCCCAGCAACUGCUCUGCGCUCCUCCCUGCCUGCCAGCCCAGCCCAGAGGGUGGCAGGUCUCUCUGUCACCAAAGCUGUGUCCCUCGAAAGGGGCUUGAACUUGGAGAGCAACAGAACUGCAGCCCAGGGGCUCAAACCCACCAAAACAGCCUCUUUGGAGAGGAAUGUGGAGCCUUCCCUGGUGCUGGCCAGGGAUUGGGACCAGGCAGCCACGCCAGGGAGCAGCCCCAGCACAGAGACCCCCGUGGAGACCUCCAAGAAGAGGAACGUGCAGCCCCCCUCACCCAUCAAUGACAAACUCAUCCAGGAGCUCAGCAGCAUCAUCCUGAGGAAGAAUGAGGGGCCCAGCCAGCCAGGACCAGGCCAGCCCGUGACGUGA